AUGGCUCCCAAAAUCGCAAUCGUCUUCUACUCAAUCUGGGGCAACAUCCAAGACCUCGCCUUGGCCGAAGCCCAAGGCAUCGAAGAAGCCGGCGGCACAGCAGACCUCUACCGCAUCCCCGAAACCCUCCCCCAAGAAAUCUUGGAAAAAAUGUCUCCUGCACCACCACACCCUGCCGUAAAAGAAUUACCUUCCCCUACCACUCUCGAAACCUACGACGGAAUCCUCUUCGGGAUCCCGACGCGUUACGGAAAUAUGCCCGCGCAGUGGAAAACGUGGUGGGAUGCGACUGGCUCGCAAUGGCAGAAUGGGAAGUAUUUUGAGAAGUAUGUUGGAGUGUUUGUUUCUACGGGUGGGGCCGGGGGUGGACAGGAGAGUACGGCUCUGGCUAUGAUGUCUACUUUCGCCCACCACGGCAUGAUUUAUAAGCCUUUGGGUAGUAAAACUACGUUUCCUCAACAGACGAAUCUUGAUGAGGUGAGAGGCGGGUCGAGUUGGGGCGCGGGCACUUUUGCGGGGCAUGCGGGUGUGAGACGGCCGACGGAGUUGGAGUUGUCGAUGGCGAGGCAGCAGGGGAGGGAUUUUUUUAGGCAUUUGGAGAGGGUGAGGUUUGAGUGA